GGCCUGUGGUGCAGCUGGCAGGGACGGGAGGGGGAGGGGCAGCAGACAGCGGCGCGCUAGACAUGGCGUAUCCUGGGCACCCCGGCGCCGGCGGAGGCUACUACCAGGGCGGGUAUGGAGCUGCUCCAGGAGGACCAGUAUUCCAUGGACAGACUCAAGAUCCUUUGUAUGGUUAUUUUGCUGCAGUAGCUGGGCAGGAUGGACAAAUAGAUGCUGAUGAGCUGCAGAGAUGUCUGACCCAGUCGGGCAUAGCAGGAGGGUAUAAACUAUUUGGCUGUCUAGGAGAUAUCUGUCUGUUUCAGAUGUUGGCUUUCAACCUAGAGACGUGCAGACUCAUGGUUUCUAUGCUGGAUAGGGAUAUGUCUGGUACAUUGGGAUUCAAUGAAUUUAAAGAGCUCUGGGCUGUGUUGAACGGGUGGAGACAACACUUCAUAAGUUUUGACAGUGACAGAAGUGGUACAGUGGAUCCUCAAGAGCUGCAGAAAGCCUUGACAACUAUGGGAUUUAGGUUGAGCCCACAGGCAGUGACUGCAGUUGCAAAACGAUACAGCACCCAUGGGAAGAUUACAUUUGACGAUUACAUUGCCUGCUGUGUAAAACUCAGAGCUCUCACUGACAGUUUUCGAAGAAGGGAUACAGCCCAGCAGGGUGUUGUGAAUUUCCAGUAUGAUGAUUUCAUACAGUGUGUUAUGAGCAUCUAAUUGAAGAGGAAGGAAGAUGUGGAUGGGCAUGAUUAACAUUCCACUUUGUGUUUUGCUUUGCACCUAAAGUGAUCAUGGCUAUGUAUUGGUAUUUGCAUAUUUUAUAAAGAUACUGCUUUAUAUGUGAUUUUUUUUUAGUUUUGAUAAAUACAGAUGAACAAAAAGGUGUUUUAAAAACGAAAUACCAGCUCUCAUUCUUAAUUUUAUGUUUUUUUAAUUUUGCAUAUACUUGUAAAUCACCUUUUAUGUAUAACUUAAAUGAUUAUGUAAACCUUAAAGCUUUCUGUCCUGUGUUUACUUUCCCCUCUCAUGAGCUACUAAAAACAUUCAUCAGAGUGGAGCUUGUCUUAUUUCCUGUCCUACAUAGUAGCAUGGAGCCAUGGUGGUGUUUUUGUUCCAUGACAAUACUGCAUCGAAGAGUCAACACAAUAGGGUGAUGAUCAUGAUAGAAAGCAAGAUGGAAAAUUGGGAAACUAAGGUUAAUCUGUAACCUGAGUUCUUCACGAUGGACUCGGCCCAUUUU